AUGGCAUCGCCACCACAGCAUCCACCUGCUACUGCCCCCCUGCCCACAGCAACACCCGCUCAUCCGGCGACCGCCUCGCAGCCCCUGCCCAGUGCCUUCCUCGCCACCUCUGCCCCGCAACGCGCCGCCGCCGCGAGUCCGCCGCCGGCGCCGCUCUUCACCGGCCGCGCGCUACACACUAAUCCCCGCCCCGCCUCCACCUCCCAUGGCAUCAUCUACCCCGUGGCCACAUCCUCCACCGCCGCCGCGAACCAGCGCCGGGCUCCUCACGUCGCCGUCGGGUACCCACGUGCCAACGCCGUCGCUCUCCCCAUCGCGCCGUCUCAGCAGCCUCAGGUGCCAACACAGUCAAGGUUGCCCGCUGCCGCGCCGCGGUCGGUCGUGGCGGGUGUGACGCCGUCGCCACGUCCCGAGCUGCCUCCUCGAGGAGUUCCUAUAGCACCGCAGCCUCAACCCGAGGUUAAUCCAGUUCCAGCUGUUGCUCUUACUCCAUUUCCUCAACCUCGGGAGCAGAGCAACGCACAGGAAAGAGGAAGUACCAAUGAAGACUCUAGAACUGUGGUGAUCCAUGGUCGCAAUGUUAACUUGUCGGACAGUGAGUCAGGAUCCUUGUAUGCACUCUGCCGAUCUUGGGUGCGGAAUGGUGUUCAACAUGAAAUUCAGCCAAGCUUUGUUGGAAACGUUGCACCAGUUCUUCCAAGACCUUUGCCUGCUUCGGUUGUAGAUUCUAGGAUGUCAGGAAAAGACAAGGAAGCUGAAAAUGAAGAACCAAAAGAAAAGAAGAAUGAUACUGGGGAAUAUACUACAGCUGAGUUAUUGAAGGAACUUGUUGAUCGUGCAAAAAAGAUACGCGCUGAAUUCCGCAAGGAGAGGCAAUCCCGCAUUGAAAGGUACAAGCAGCGCUUGGCACUUCUUUUGCCCUCAACACCACUUCCACCUAGCGAGCCUGGGACGCAUGAUAGACGUCCAUAGUACCGACCCAUGAGAUUGCAAGCGCCAUGGCUUCCAUGUAGCCUUUGCGUUGCUGUGUCAAUUUACAGAAUCUAUAGAAGUUGUUACAGCUUUCCUGUUAUACUGUUACUGUGUUUUGUGGUACGUUUUGGUAACUUCGUGACCAACAAUAAUUUUGCGGGUUUUCCUGAGAAUAGAGUGUA